AUGGAUGAAGUUUCUUUUUUAAUACUUUUAAACUUUUCCAUCGGAUUCGGCAGCUAUGUUGCCGGCACUAUUCCGAUGAUAUUUCAGCUUUCUGAGUCCAAGAUACGAACUCUGAGCGUAUUUGGAGCCGGUAUUCUUAUGGGCACUGCCCUUUGUGUGAUCAUUCCCGAAGGUGUCAACAGUAUAUACGAGUCAUCAUAUCAGCCUAUUCAUCAUCAUAACACAGCUACAUCUGACUCAUCAUCAACACACAGGAAUGCAACUCGAGAAUCAACCCACGAGCCGCACAGCAUAGUGGGCAUCACAUUACUCUGUGGAUUUGUUAUGAUGCUCAUCAUUGACCAGUUCUCCAGUGCCCGAAAUUCUAGUUCAAAAAAGAAGUCAGCAGCUUUCACAGCCACCGUCGGACUUAUGGUUCAUUCUGCAGCCGACGGAAUCGCCAUGGGAGCAGCAGCUACGACGGCGCACGCCGACGUGGAGAUGAUCGUCUUUUUGGCCAUUCUAAUGCACAAAGCACCAGCUUCAUUUGGCUUUGUGAGUUAUCUUCUCUCGGAAGGCAUCGAGCGGUCUCGUGCCAAGCGAUACUUGCUACUGUUUGCACUGAGCGCUCCAGUAGCCUCCUUUGUCACAUACUUUGGCAUCAGUGCGUCAGCAAAAGAGGCACUGUCCUACUACAAUGCCACCGGCAUCUCACUUCUCUUCAGUGCGGGCACCUUCCUCUACGUUGCCGCGGUGCACGUCUUGCCGGAGAUUACCCAACACCAGCGGCUGAAGUGUACUGAGCUUUUAUACCUGAUAGUGGGCUCCUUUCUGCCUCCACUGCUCACCUUCAAUCACCACCACUGA